AUGCUGCAGCGCUGUGAAGUUACCCCUACAAGGCCCCUUGCUCAAGCAGAGGGCAGAGGAGAGAACAAGGUGCACGUCUGGUACCUGAUAAUCUUGGACGUCUACGACAGAGUUGCUCCCCACAGCCCGGGCUACAGCCGGCAGAGACACACGAGGAGCCGGGCGCUGUUGGUGCCAGGGCCUCUGCAGCCAGCCAUCGCUGGGAGAGAUGGAGACAGACAACAGGUUAUCCUGCAAGCCGGGGUGUCACCGAUAAGGCAGCCUCCGGCCACGGAGAAGAGGGUGCUGGGCACGGUGGAGUGGCUGACCGCCAGCAGGUUCUCCCUCCUCCGGGACUUCGCGCUCUGCCACUGGAAGAGCCACGUGCCCUUCGUCCUGAAGGCCCUGGGGGAGUGCUGCCCCCUCCUCGCCUCCCUGAAGCUGUCGCACUGCAGCGGGGUGCAGGCCGAGUCCCUGAGCCUGCUGGCCAAGCGGUGUCCCCGGCUGGAGAGCCUGGACUUGCAGCACUCCCAGGUGGACUCCUCGGCCGUGCUGAGCUUCCUGGGGGUCGCCGGCUCCCGCCUCAAGCGGCUCUGGCUGACAUACAGCAGCCGCAUGAACGCCAUCCUCACCACGCUCGCGGCCGGGAGCUGCCCGGGGCUGCGGCUCUUGGAGGUGAACAGGGACAUCAAGCAGAGCAGCCAGCGCUUCCAGCUUCCCGUGGAGCAGCUGCAGGCAGCCAGCCCGGAGCUGCAGGUGCUGCGUCUCCUCAAUGUGAUCUGGUCCCCGAAGCCAAGCCCCCGCGCAGCCCCCGCCACCCUGGGCUUCCCCCAGCUGGAGGAGCUGUGCCUGGCCACCACGGUGCUCUCCUUCGUCACCGACGGCGUCCUGCGCCAGCUUCUGUGGGCCUCUGCCCGCCUCCGCAUGCUCGACCUGCGCGGCUGCUUCCGCGUGACGCCCAAGGGGCUGCAGGAGCUGCCCUGCCCUGACCUGGAGCAGCUGCACCUGGGGCUGUACUGCAGCCCGAGCGCCCUGCCGCUGCCCACCACGGGCAGCCCCCUGCUCACCUGGAAGUGGCAGCACAGCCUGCAGGAGCUGGACCUGGCUGGGCAGAGCUUCAGCGAGCGCGACCUGGAGCAGGCCCUGGCCGCCUUCGCCCGCGGCCCAGCCCCACUACGUGCCCUCAACCUCACUGGCACCAAGGUCACCCUGAGCACCGUCAGCGCCCUCAUCCUCAGCUGCCCCGGCCUGAGCUACCUCAACCUGUCGUCCUGCCGCCACUUGCCCCGGGGCACAAAGAGGGCGUACCGGGGGCCGGCUGCCAUCCGCCAGUGCCUGCAGGGGCUCCUGACCCACUCCGACGAGCCGGAGCCUGCCCAGGACGCGGGGCGGUGACCCACAACCAGCCCCAGCCACUGGAGUCGUGGCUGCUAGAGCCGAUGGGGUUGGGGCCGUGCCCUCCUCGUCUUCCUCCUGCCCCCACUUUUUGUACAUGCCUCCUUGUGUCUUUUAUAGCGUUUCUACUGCCCAACGUGGCGCAAUAAAGCGCUGUUCCAGCCAGGA